CUACAGACAGCAAGCCGAGCAAUUAAUAACAAGGUGCAAACGGCGAUGACGGACGGAGAAAAAUCUAGAGCAAGAGGGAAGAGAGAGAGAGAGAGAAUGUGUUCUUUGAUUGUUGUAAGCAGCCACGCCCGUGGGUGGCCUUGGAAUCUCCUCCCUUAAGGUUAAAAGGCAGCGUGACAGAUGAGGGUGUGAUUGUAGAGUGAAAGACAGGUUAUUGCUCAGUAACAUUUUACAAGGAUUGUCCAGGAAAGUCAAAGUGCUCUGUGUGGAGAUUUCCUCGGGCUCAUUGAACCGAACAUAUAAUCAAGUCAAGGAAAAUACAACAAAAGAGAGAAAAUCUGCGUGUUUACCGCAGGUGAAGUUGCAAAAUGAGCAAAUACACCAACCCUCUCCUGAAAGACAGAAGCUGGAUCCGAAAACCGGAUUACGAGGAUGAACCUGUGGACGAUGACCCCAACUAUGGGAAAACUAUUCUAAGCCAGCGCCCUUCUGGUGGAAGUCUUUCAGGACCACAGACUGAGGAACCAACAACCCCCGUUAAAAGUGCACCUAAGACAUCAUAUGUGGAGGCUCUUACCAAGAGAUUCGGUGGAAGUCAGGAUGAUCUGAGCAACAGCAGCACCACCCCGACCACUAAGGUCACCAAGGAUGGGAAGACCACUGAGACCACCACCCAGAAUCUCAAGUCUCCUGUGUUGAAAAGUCCCAAGACGGGGACGUUCACCGAGCGAGUCCUAAAGGCCUCAAACAAAGGGCAACAAUUCUCCCCAUUCUCGCCUCCCAAAACAACCAAAGUCCCGGAGACGACUGUUACCACCAAUAAAGAUGCGGAAGACAAACUUUACGACGAACUCCCCAAGUCUAUCAAGGAUGAUUUCUCACCCCCAGACAGCAAAACAACUGUCACCACGACUGAGACGGUGGUGAAAAGCAGCGGCGACACUGAUACGGAGGACAAACUGUUCGACACACUCAUCCCUUCAUCCACCAGGAGUGAUUACUCAGACAGCAAAUCAAACAUCUCCAGCACUGAGACUGUGACAGUGAGAAGCAGCACUAAUGGAGAAGUUAAAUCGACAACCACAACAAAGAGCACCUCCUUGGCUGAAGAUGACCUGUAUAGCACCCUCCUGCCUAAAGCCAUAACAUCUGGCCUGAGUUCUCCUAUCAGGUGAGACAUCUCUGCAACUAGAAGUAAACAAAUCACACAACUAUUCAAUUCCACCUGUCG